AUGAGUUACGACCCUAUCGACCAUCUGGGUUUGACUUGCCCAUCUGGCGGAUCCUUCUACAUAUGUCAAGAUAGCGAAAUUCAAUUCUUGGGCUGUUGCGAUGUCGACCCCUGUGGCAGCAAUGGAGGCAACUGUCCUUCAUCCUCGUUACGCCCGUCGAGCUUCGAACCAAAAAGAUACUCUGAAAUUCAAGAGCAGAACUGUACCUCGUCCAGCAAGACGGCCGAUUGGUAUUCGUGCCGGGAUAGCGCGCCGAGCUUCCUGGGCUGCUGCACGUUGGACGCAUGUGCUAAUGAGGGAUGCCCGGGCGAAGAUCUCGUCGGCGCUGUUUUGAGCAAUGAUAUAAAAGAUAAGGAGGCUUUUCUGAGCUCAACUACGACAUCAUCAACCGAAAUAGCAGUGACUCCCACGUCCAACCCGACCUCUAGCCUAACUGCGGAUCCGGCCUCAGGGGGGAGCUCUGGCGCGCCUGUUGCGGGCAUUGUUGGAGGUGUCCUAGGCGGCUUGAUCGCCUUGGGUCUGGUUAUACUCGCCUAUUUUCUAUAUCGCAGGCGGAGGAGAAGGGCACUCAGCGCAGCACCAGCAAUGGCAUCACCGCCACCGCCGUGGAGCCCAUAUCAAGAUGGAUUUCGUUCGCCAGGUCCCGUGAGCCCUCCUUCCUCUGCUGCAUCACCUCGAGGGUUUUCAACGACUCUAGGGUCUAUGAUUGGACUUAGUCCGAAAAACCAGAGGUGGAGCUAUCGAACCCCUUCUGUUCGCGAUACCGUCGUCUCCGAUUGGGCUCCUACUGCACACGACACUUCACACGCGAGUCAAGGUUUCCUCGCGGUUACUGAACUCGACGGUUCGGUGCGAGUGGUGCCGGGACCAACACACACCGGCGCCUAUUACGAAGUAGAAGGGUCGGUCCCGGAUACACGGCCGAGGGAGAUGGCAAGCUAAUACGGGAUAUAUAUUUUAAUGAGGAAAUACUACGGGCGAAAUUUAGCCCAAUGUUUGCUUUUUAGAUAAUCUUACAGAUACCAGGCACUACCCAGCAAAAGAUUUGAAUUUGAUAUAUUAACUAUAAAAUUCGUCAAGUCUCCUGUAUAUGAGCUCAAGGUUGGCGGGCCUGUCAGCUCGCUCUGACCCUAUUCCCACAUGCCAUUGGAAUACAUCGAGAAUAUGUUCUUAUCCAUUUUCAUAAAUGGAAACCCGUUGUGUCAAUUUGCUUCACCAUAUCACUGUUGCUCACCUCCUUUUGCCCACGCUAGAUGUUCUGAUGCAUCUAGUAGGCUGGUCUGUUCAUCCACUCCCUGAUCCUAUCUCUCAUUGUUGGGCCCCUGACUGGUCCAGCAGAGCUGGCACUGCUGCGACGUCGCUCUGGGUGGUCAAUCUUGUUCGACAUAUUGCACUCACCCGAUGAUGGGUGACGCCCGGCGCCGAAACGGUUCGUCCGGCCUAUAAAAUACGAGUGAGCGUUAUGACUACACCCAGGCUAAUAUGCGAUUGAUAUCAUGUCGAUAAUGCUAUACUGUAGUGAGAUGACUGGAAGGAGAGGCACUCACAGUAGUAAUCACGACGGCCCGCGUCGUCUAAUACGGCCUGAUACUUCUCCUUGGCUGCUAGAUAUGCUUUGGACAUGAUGAUGCUAUGGUUGGGUCUUAGGCCC